AUGCUAGUUUUUUCGCUUUUCUCGGCGUAUAUGGACAGCCAGCUGACUUCAACUCCUCUUGUUGGUUCCUGCAGGUUGGCACAACCAUUCUCCGCGGUAUACACACUGAAAACCCCUCAAAGGCCGACUGCCGUACAUCUGGCUGCCGAGAGCUUCUACUUGCAUAUGAGCAACAUCUCCCCGCCUCAUUUCGACUUUGUCUUCAAUGAUGCAGACGGGUCACCAACACGUGCGGUCAUCCCAAGGGGUGCCAGAAAUCUUUUCGCUGCUUUGUUAUCGUUCAUAAAUCACGUGAAGGUGAGGAAAAAGGCGUUUACCUGGAUAUUUUCUUGUACCAAAAAUGCAAAAAAUCGUCAAUGCUCAAUGUGUACAGUCUAAAU